CAACGGGGCAUCGGGGGACUAUCAAUUCAAUUGCAGAAGAGCAGCUCUUUUCUGUGUUUCCACGUCGAGACAUUAAUCAGCAGAUCCAUUGCAAAAGGUGGGCAGUUGCUAUGUCCGUAGUCUGGCAAACCGCAGAUACAAUCAAUUAAGCCUUUCGUGAAUUGGCUUGUUCAUAAGCCGAAUUUGAGGAACCAACGUGAGACCAGGCAUAAAGCCCAAGUACUCUUGUUCUUUCUUCCCUCACGAAUUAUGAAUCUAAGUACAAAUCGCUUGAAAGAUCCUCACAUUGAUCAUUCGGUUACGUGACAAAGCCCGUUUCCAUCAUCUGACGUUUCCUGUCAUCAUGGAUUGUUAUUCAAUCAUGUAGGUCCACGGCACGAAGAAUGUCGCGCAAUUUCAUUGCACCGGAUCGCUAUCGCUUUUCAGCGCGUUUCUCCAAUAAAUGUCCAAGUCAUGUCAUGCAUUGGCCCACCAGGGGGUUGGCAUUGUUGCCGUUGGCUGUAGAUUGUAGAAUGAGUUGCGAGGGUUGUGUUUUAAGGGCUUGGACGGGAGGGAAGAAAGGGGAUCCGGCGAUCCUGGUGUGAGGUGGAAGAUAGUUUGGGUGAUUGAUUUCGAGGGAAGAGGAGACUCUUGGGGUUCUCUUGUGGAUUUUUAUUGUGAAGGGGGAAAGGCAGUGCCUCCGGAUUGACGGCCAUUCUUUUUGUUUUAAGUUUUGGACAACUUUCAGUUUUUUCUUUGUUUUUCUGGAGGGGGAGGGGGGUGGGGGGGUGUGUGGGGUCUAGUUGCAUUUGGUUCCUUGACUCGGACACUUCUUUAGCUUUCCAAAGUAGGUGCACCAGUUGGGAUUUUGUUGUCCGUUCGGUUUCUUCUGGUGUUGUGAAGUUUGGAUCUUCUGGUGAAUGUUAAUGGUUCUCGCGUUGGUCAUAGAGCUUGUUCAGAUGUAUUACGUUUGCUUCCUCGAUAUUGCAUUGUCUGCUGAAUGGUGCAUCUGGAAAGAGGUUGGGUGGUUUUAGGUUCUUUGGUUGGCUUUUGGUUUUAAGCUGCUUGAGAUUUGAAGUCGUCUACACGAAUGUCUGAAGUUGAUAUAAGAAUUUAGUUCUUUCUCAAAUUCAAGGCAGCAUCUGUUUUCUUGGUGGCAUGUAUAGAAGAUGUGGCAAGUUUUAGGAAAUUCUGCUCGCAAGUGCACCAUUGUGGCUGUGUUCUGCGGGAGAGGCAUCCAUAACAAAGCAUAUGAGGCUGAAAGAGAGGGUUCAGUUUACAAAUUUCCUGAUCUUGUUUCUGCAGGGAACCUAGAGACACACUGUAAAAUCGCUGGAGCCUGAUUUUGUUUAUCUGCAAGGAGCAAGGUCCAACGAAGAGGAGGAGAUUGGUUCUCUAACAUGGGGAGAUGUUGAUUUAUCAAAUGCUGAUGCAAUAACUGACCUCUUCGCUUCAACGCUGCCAACAACUUCAGGUGUAUUUAGAAUUUCCAAAUGGUGAGAAGUUGGCAGAGGCCCUUCAGUUGAAGGGUAUUCCAUAUGUUAUCUAUUGGAAAAAUGGAUUGUCAUGUUAUGCAGCAUCUCACUUUUUCCAUGCAAUGGUUUCAGUUCUACAGAGGUACGUGUUCCCUUGCUUAGCAGUUAUUAAUUUUUUUAAAAAUAUUUUGGUACUGAUGGUUUCUUUUUCCCCAAAUGUGUGGUGUUGGCACAUUUGUUCUAAAAAUGACAGUUCCACCUGCCAUAUGUGGGAUGUCUUUCAGCUGGCUAUUGCAUCCUUCAUACUGUACUGUGUACAAAACAGUCGUGGGUCCACAAAUAGCCAAAAGGUUAGGGCUAAGUUUGGUCCUCGGCUUCUUGGAGAGUCACCUAAGAUUGCUACUAGAGAUUUGAAUGAGGGAGAGGGAUCACCUAGUGAACUUCCUGCUAUCAAAAUAUAUGAGGAUGAAGUGACCGUGAGAUUUCUUUUUUGUGGAGUUCCACGUGCAUUGUAUGCAAUGAAAUAUUAUUCAUUCACAGUUUCUGCUGUAUUUUUAAUAUCAGGCUAGUACAAUCAGUUAAGCUCACGUCUAGCACAUCCUGAAUGGAUGUGUUUAGUUUCUGGAAAUUAUCUAGUGGUUAUGUGGUGCUUACCUCUACCUUUCUGAAUGGAUGUGUUUAGCAUGUCUUUCUGUUGUUGGCUGCUCAUCAACUUAUGUUUUUGCCUGUAAAAGAGUUGAUAAAAUUUUUUGUCUCCUUGAUUUGGGAGGCCCUUAAAAUGCACAAAAGCUUAGAUGAUCUGAAAUCCACUUUUACUAGAUAAACCUUCUAAGUCACAUCUAUAAGGCUGUCUAAAGUCUAAACCAUCCAAAAUUUUCAUUAUAGGAAAGCAUAUACCUAUAAGUUUAUUCCCCUGCAGGAUGCAUCUUUAUUGGGUUCUUUAGAAGAUGGUCUCAAGGCUCUUCUUAAUAUUGAGCUGAGCUGGUUAUAGACAUUCUUGCUCCUAACUUUCAUUUAAGUUCCAAUAUUGCUUGGUGAUAUGCUUGGAUGUAUGUACCACUAGUCUACACAUUGUGGUGACUGUCCACCCUUGGAUUCUGGUCAUGCUAGACAUGAUGUGGUGGUUUAAUCCCGUACUCUCUUUGCAGCCUUUCCCUAAGCAGUUUCUGUUGGAACUGCAUGCAUAGGAGGAUUAGCUAUGGUUGCAAAUUCAACUGGCUUCCCUCAACAAUCAUUGAGUUGUGUGAACCUUUUGGGGUUGCCAACAUCUACACCAGGAACUUUUAAAUCCAGAUUUAUCUGGCCAGGCUGGUCUCAGUUGAUUCUGAUGGCAAGUCGUAUGGGAAACACUAUGUUUGGAUGUUUAAUUGUGUGUGUCACAUGUAAUUCCUACACAAUUCAUUUUAUAUACAUUAAUCAUGGUUGAGAUUCAUGAUUUUGUUGAGGAUAUGGUUUGCUUAAUCAAGUUUAUGGUAUCACUAUGACUAGUAAAAGGGUGUCGGAUUUACUCCAUUCGAGAAAAGGGACAGCAGAAUAUUAUGCUGUAUUUUGCAUCUAUUUUAGGCUAAAUAGUAUAGAUGAUAUCUGUUGUAUUGUUUUAUUUUUUAAUUUAUAUUUAUUAUUAUUAUUAUUUUCUUGUGCUUAUUUCUUGUAUGUUUGGUUUUAACUUUCAACUUGUCUUAUGCUUAAUGCCUCAGAUACGUGGGAGAAAACUGCAAAACAGAGUGAGUGCUCCUCCUCCUCCUCUUGCUGUUGGAACUCUUUCUCGUGGGGUUCUGCUCACGUAUCACUUCUAGUGUCGGGUAGCGCUCAGACUUGUUUUGAUGAUCAAGUUAACAUUUCUUCAAAAAAGGAACCGAGAAAAGAUCAGAAUCCAAAAGGGAAAUGCACAAAAUUUGGUUUCGUCACAUUAUCUUGGGUUCCUCUUUUGGCUUAAUGGCGAAAUCACCUCGCUGUUUUAAUAGAAAGAUUUGAUAGUCGCAAACAAGCUUCUUCCCCGCGGACGUCAAAAGAUGGGUCAUCGUCCUCCGAAUCAUCCGAGAGUUCAGAAUCGUCGGAAACGCGAGCGACUAUCUUCUCGAUCCAUGUGUUCGUUCUGGGGUGCGAUCUCCUUGGCGGUCGAUCUUCUGGUGCGAGGCGCCAUAGAAGGAUGCGAAUUCUGUCUCACCUGUUACACGGGUUUUCCUUUCUCCUUGACGACGGAGAGGAGUGGGGAAAGGGCCGUGCCAAGGGACUCGGUUUUAACGGUCAGUAUUUCAAAAUUGUAAAAAGGGCGGACCGGCUCGACGAUCGAGUCUCGUUGGAUCCAACGACAUACUUAUACCUAAAUCGUUUCGGUCCAACAGUUAAAGGAAAGAACAAUGCAUGUAUUGUCAUGCAUAUAGUAUAUACCGACCCGGAUCCGCUUCAUUUGCCACUGUAUAUUUGCGGGAGGGGGUCCCAAGCGCCCCCUAUUAGCGUUUUGCACUCAUUUUUCCGCGCGCGCGAGGGAGAGCAAUGGCUCCCCCCCCCCACCGCCGCAGCCCGCCCGUUGGUGACCGUGCAGUCUGUGGAGGGCGACAUGGCAAUCGACGGCGCCGCUAGGAGGAUGUCUGUGCUUGCUGAGGAGCAGAGGGUGAAGGCUAAGGCAGAGAAGCUAGAAAAGAAGAGGAAACAGCCGAAGGGAUUUGGAAUUCCUGUUGGUGACACUCAAAACCUCAAAGACCGCCUUUGUACAGUGGAAGAUGUGGUCUGUUCAUCUAGGAAGGAACUCUUACAGAUUAAAGGGAUUAGAAAUUUAAAACUUGACAAGAUUGUUGAAGCAGCAUCGAAGCUGUCCCUAGGUGCUAGUCAGAUACAUGCUCAACGAAAAAUCAUUCAGAUAACUUCUGGUUCCAGAGAACUGGACAAGAGUUUAGAAGGUGGAUUUAAAACUGGUUCAAUUGCUGAGAUAUAUGGGAAAUACGGUUCAGGAAAAACUCAGUUGUGUCACACAUUGUGUGUCACUUGCCAACUCCCUUUGGAUCGAGGAGGUGGUGAGGGAAAAGCAUUAUACAUUGAUACAUGUGGUACAUUCAUGACAGAGCGACUCCUAGAGAUUGCGGAAAGAUUUGGAUUAAAUGGUGCGGAGGUGUUGGAGAAUGUCUUUUGUGCUAGAGCCUAUAAUACUGAUCAUCAAUCAAUGUUGCUUCGAAAAGCAGCCUCAAUGAUGAUGGAAACCAGGAUUGCUCUCAUGAUUGUGGAUAGUGCGACGGCUCUAUACCUGAGAGAUUUUUCAGGAAGAGGAGAACUCCCAGCAGCGCAAAUGCAUCUUGCUAAGUUUCUCGGAAGCCUGCAGAAGCUCGCUGAUGAGUUUGGUGUAGCAGUCGUGAUAACUAAUCGGGUCGUUACAAAAGUUGAUGGAUCUGCUGGCCGCAAAAUCAAGCCCAUUUUUGGCAACAUUAUUGGACGUGCUUCUACCACGAGGGUUGCUCUACGGGAGGGGAGUGGAGAAGAGCGCUUCUGUGAAGUAGUAAACUCUGGAUGCGUAGUUAAGGCUGAAGCAUACUUUCGGAUCUUCGGGGGAGGAGUGACUGAUGUUGAGGACUGUGGGACGCAAGGAGGCAAGGACAACUGACACAUUGUCUUAUAUUUAAUCCCCAUGGGAAGAGUGACUAUUGUUUGGAAUCCAACGGGUUAUUUUCUGAAUUCCUGAAGAUGGAACUAAGUACCUUUAAGUCACAAGUGCUGCUGUUUUUUGAAUUCAUUAGGGCGCCUUACUUAUCACGUUGGUCUUGGGCAUGAAAUGUAUUUCAUAAGAUCAAAAGUACCUCACUUUCUUUCAUUUUUCA